GCAGUUCUCGAAAGUACGUUCACUCGAUAGGACGGACGACCGUCGUCUGGCGCACGACGAGUUUCAAGCAAUAUGGCGAAGUGUGUCAUGGGCUCGGUGAGACGUAGUGUCGUUUGAAAAUAUGAAAAGUUCGCGGUAUGGGUUGAGAAUAAUGUAGCGCUAUGAAGAUCGUGUGAAUAUUAUAUUUGUGUAUACAAAAGCAUCGAGCUAGUUCCUUGUGAUCGAGGAAUUAUACAGUGUGCGUUACCGGUGUGAAAUCAUGGCUACGGAUAAAAUAAAGGUUGCCGUUCGGGUUCGGCCGUUCAAUCGCAGAGAGCUGGAACUCGGUACGCAAUGCGUGGUCGAAAUGUCCGGACAGCAAACCGUCUUGCAGCAUCCCACCACGAUGGACAAAAUCGAACGGAACAAACCGAAAACGUUCGCGUUCGAUCAUUGUUUCCAUUCGCUGGACCCAAGUGCAGAAAAUUUCGCGAGCCAGGAGGUGGUGUUCGACGCCCUGGGACGUGAUAUUUUGGACAAUGCAUUCCAGGGUUACAACGCCUGCAUCUUCGCUUAUGGGCAAACUGGGUCUGGGAAAUCGUACACGAUGAUGGGAAGCGGCGAGAACAAAGGCAUCAUACCACGUCUUUGUGACAACUUAUUCGACAUGAUCGCGAAACAACAGAGUUUAGAACUCACGUACAAGGUUGAAGUAUCGUAUAUGGAGAUCUACAACGAAAAGGUGCACGACCUGCUUGAUCCAAAGCCGAACAAACAGUCGCUCAAAGUGAGGGAACACAAUGUCCUAGGACCGUACGUGGAUGGACUAAGUCAACUUGCAGUCACAUCCUUUCAGGAUAUUGACAAUCUGAUGGCGGAGGGGAAUAAAUCGAGAACGGUGGCAGCGACAAAUAUGAAUUCCGAGAGUUCUCGUUCGCACGCGGUCUUCUCUGUGAUCCUUACGCAGACAUUGACGGAUUCGAAGAGCGGGGUGAGCGGGGAGAAGGUAUCCAGGAUGAGUUUGGUGGACUUAGCGGGGAGCGAAAGGGCUGUGAAAACUGGAGCAGUAGGCGAUAGGCUUAAAGAAGGAAGCAAUAUAAACAAAUCCCUAACGACGUUGGGUCUAGUCAUUUCAAAGCUGGCGGAUCAGAAUUCCGGAAGUAAUAAGAAUAAGGACAAAUUUGUGCCGUACAGGGAUUCUGUUCUCACGUGGCUGUUAAAGGAUAAUCUCGGUGGAAACAGUAAAACAGUGAUGGUGGCUACUAUAUCUCCAGCGGCGGAUAACUACGAGGAAACCCUUUCUACUCUUCGAUACGCUGACAGAGCGAAGAGGAUCGUGAAUCACGCGGUGGUCAACGAGGAUCCGAACGCUAGGAUCAUACGGGAAUUGAGACAGGAAGUGGAAACGUUGAAGGAGAUGCUGUUACACGCGACUGGACAAGGUUCGAUAGUGGGCCAACAACGCACAGACAUCACGGAGAAGCUGUCUGAAUCGGAACGAUUAAUGAAGGAGAUGUCUCAAACGUGGGAAGAGAAGCUUGUAAAAACUGAGAGGUUGCAGCACGAAAGGCAGCAAGCCCUGGAGAAAAUGGGGAUCAGCGUUCAAGCUUCUGGUAUCCAAGUGGAGAAGAACAAGUAUUACCUCGUCAAUCUGAACGACGAUCCUAGUUUGAACGAGUUGUUGGUUUACUACCUGAAAGAAAGAACUCUGGUGGGAGGUCGUUCGGCGAAAACCGAUCAGGAUAUUCAAUUACACGGAUUAGGUAUCCUCCCUGAACACUGUGUCAUCACGAUAGAAGAAUCUGGCCUCUACAUGACGCCAUUAAACGGUGCUAGGUGUUUCGUAAACGGCACCCAGGUGGUGGAGAAAACACCCUUACUACACGGGGACAGGAUCGUAUGGGGCAAUCAUCAUUUCUUCCGGGUGAACUGUCCGAGAAGUGCAACAGCAAUUAACAGCGAGCCUCAAACGCCCGCUCAGAAUAUUGAUUACAACUUUGCCCGAGAAGAAUUGAUGCUUAACGAGCUGUCGAACGAUCCUAUUCAAAGAGCCAUCGCGAGACUAGAAAAGCAGCACGAGGAAGAUAAGCAGGUUGCACUGGAGAAGCAGAGGCAGGAAUACGAACGACAGUUUCAACAGCUUCGCAAUAUUUUAUCUCCUUCGACACCGUACUCGCCAUAUGUACCGUACGACCCACUGAGGGGUAGUCAAAGCGGUAAAAUGCACGCUUGCACACCGACCACUCAAAUGCGUGUUGAGAAAUGGGCGCAGGAGAGGGACGAGAUGUUCAAGAGGAGUUUAGGUCAAUUAAAAGCUGACAUACUGAAGGCGAACGCUUUGGUGCAGGAGGCUAACUUCUUGGCUGAGGAAAUGGGAAAACAGACCAAGUUUAGCGUCACUUUACAAAUUCCGCCGAAUAAUUUAAGUCCAAAUAGAAAGAGUGUAUUUUUUCAGCGAGGAGCAUUCGUCAGCGAGCCAGCGAUUCUGGUGAAGAGAAUCAACACGGGCAGCCAGGUGUGGACGAUGGAGAAAUUAGAAAACAAAUUGGUCGACAUGCGGGAUAUGUACGAGGACAGAAAAGAUCCUAAUUGUCAACGACCACCUGUCAUGAAGGACGAGCUACCGGGGAAAACGCAAGAUCCUUUCUACGAGUCACAGGAGAACCAUAAUCUAAUCGGAGUAGCGAAUAUUUUCUUAGAGGUUCUGUUUCACGACGUACGGUUAGACUAUCACACGCCGAUAAUCAGCCAACAGGGAGAAGUCGCUGGACGACUGCAGGUCGAGAUUAGUCGCAUAUCCGGCCAUUUCCCACAGGAUCGUAUCUGCGAGGCUGCAUCGGAAUCAUCGGCAGACAGUACCUCGUCGGAACCCGAAGAUUACUCCGGAUCGAGUCACAUCACCUGUCGCGUGACCAUUAAACAAGCCACCGGUUUACCAUUGUCCCUCAGUCAUUUUGUGUUUUGUCAGUAUAUGUUUUAUGGACAUCCGGAACCAAUAGUGGUGCCGGCGGUGGAUAACACCGAACAGCUUAAUUCCAAUUGUCAAAUGGGACAGAGAGACUCUUUGGUGUUCAAGUUUGAUCACACGACGGAUUUUAACGUGCCCAUCACGGAAGAGUUCAUGGAACACUGUUCUGAAGGGGCCUUAAGCAUAGAAGUUUGGGGACACCGAAGCGCCGGUUUCUCGAGAAGCAAACCUGGCUGGGAAGUUGAACAACAAUUAGCCAAAGCUAGAUCACUGGCUGAUAGAUGGUCCGAAUUAACGAGGAAGAUUGAACUGUGGGUAGAGAUUCAAGAAUUAAAUGAACAAGGAGAAUAUUCACCAGUUGACGUAGUAGUGAAACAAGAUAUGUGGACAGGGGGUAUUUAUCAAUUACGGCAAGGGCAACAACGGCGAAUACAAGUUCGCGUGAAACCAGUACAAAACUCAGGAACAUUGCCAAUAAUUUGUCAGUCGAUAUUAAACAUAGCCGUUGGCAGUGUGUCUGUAAGGAAUCGUCUGCAAAUUCCAUUGGACAGUUAUCAAGAUGAAGACUUGAGAAUAUUAAGAGAGAAAUGGAGCGAGGCGUUGAUGAGAAGGAGACAAUACUUGGAUCAACAGAUACAGAAGCUGAUCAACAAACAAGAUAAAACGGAGCAAGAUAUAGAAAGGGAACAGAGUUUGGUGGAUCAGUGGGUCAGUUUGACAGAGGAAAGAAACGCAGUGUUAGUUCCUGCAGCAGGAUCAGGAAUUCCAGGUGCUCCUGCUGAUUGGAAUCCUCCUGCAGGCAUGGAACCACACAUUCCAGUUCUGUUUCUUGAUCUCAAUGCUGACGACCUCUCAACUCACCAGUCCGGAGAGGAGGUUUCUGUGACAGGGCUGAACUCGAUCUUGCCCAAGGAACACGGGAAUAAAUUUUACAGUUUACCAAUAAUUCGACACGUAGAAAAGGACGUGUGUGCCAUUGCUGCUUGGGACUCCAGUAUACACGACAACAUACAUCUAAACAAAGUUACAGAUGCCAACGAGCGAGUGUUCCUGAUUCUAAAAACAACGGUACGUCUGUCGCAUCCCGCGCCAAUGGACCUGGUGCUACGUAAACGAUUGGCCUUAAACAUAUACAAAAGACAGAGCAUCACGGACAGAAUCUUCAAGAAAAUUGUUCGGACAGACUGUUUGACCCAAACUGGCGUCACUUACGAAGUUGUAUCUAACAUACCAAAGGCGAGCGAAGAACUGGAGGACCGUGAGAGUUUGGCUCAAAUAGCAGCGAGCGGUGAAGAUAAUAGUUUGUGCGAUGGCGAAACGUACAUUGAAAAAUACACACGUGGUGUUUCUGCGGUGGAAAGUAUCUUGACUUUAGACCGAUUACGACAAAGUGUUGCUGUGAAAGAACUGCUGCAAGCACAAGGGCAACCACUUAUGCGCAAGACAGCAAGUGUACCCAACUUCUCGCAGGUACUACUGCCUCUUCGCCGUCUUGGACGCACUAUCAUGAGAUCCGACACGUCGAUGGAUUCUUUGAACGUGACACGUUCCGAGAGCGUAACCGAUCUCAAUACCGAAUUAAACGGUUUAUUACACUCUCGACGUGCGUCCACGGGUCAUACAAGGAACGAGGAGAACUUUGUGUCCACCCCAUCGAAGCCAUUCGGAAUCGGCUCCAUUCUGAACUCAGCGAGACCAACUUUCCUGAAUCUCAACCUGAAUCUCAACUCAUUGACACGUCUGCAACAAUCCACCUCUGCCAAGUCAUCUCCAAAUAUGGUUGGCAGUAAACUGGCUCUACGAAUGACAACUCUCCACGAGGAAACGUCGAACGUUGGAAACCAACUGCCGACGCCUAUCAACGACGAGGACGAAGAGAAGAGCGAUGCUGAUUACUCGGAAUACGACUCGUAUCAGGCACCGGCGAAACCAGUAAAACCGCUAACUUCUUCACGCACACUGGAUUCUCUUGUCGAACUUCAAUCGACGAAGAUCAACACGCCAAGCAUGAGCAGCAGCGGUUACGGUUCCCAAGCUGUGUCGACGACGAACCUCACGUCCGAGGAUUCGAUCUCCGUGAAAUCGAUCAGCGUUGACGAAACGCCGGAUUUGGAGUAUCGGAAUCUACUCGAGGGGAAGAAACCGGAACGAAUGGACAGCUCUUUGGUGGAGGAAACGCCGGAGGAAUACAUGGGGGAGGUGACGAACGCUUUGGGUAAUCUGAACGUGAUGGAGAGCAGUUGUAACGAGGAGCGAACUAGGAAGAACUUGGAAGAAACGGGUGCCUACAUGGACGCGGAUAUGGACAGUCCUGUAUCUUCGACGAAAAGCGACAGCGAUGCGAAUAGCAACUCGACGAAUGCAACUGUUCAGAAGAAGGAUGCACCGAGUCAGAGUUUAAGCAAUCGGAGGAAAAGCGAUAUGGAAAUUAGUCAGACGUCGAAUUCCGGUGAAGAUAGUCCUUUGGAGGGUAGCUCGGUUGUGCACACAAAAUUACCACCGGGAAAGGUGGUGAGACGAAGAAAAGCUUCUGCCAACACAGGAAGGCCUACGAGUUCUCAGCACAGAGCUUCAUUCCCUAUGGUCCGUCCACAAGUUUCAGAGAGCAAAGCUGCGGCACGACUGGAACAAUCAAUGCAACCUAGCAUGCCCUACGAAAACGGUGAUAACAGCUCCUCAGAAAGAAUCGAUGACGAUGUAAGCGAAAAGAGUUCAACAUUUGGUUCGAGACACGACUUGAGCAGAGUCGAGACACUACUACCAGACUGGGUGAUAGUUGGUGAAUCAGUUUUGGUUCGUCCUUACAGCUAUUCAGGUGUAAUAGCUUACGUUGGUCCAACAGAAUUCGCGUCUGGGACGUGGAUAGGAGUGGAACUUGAUGCUCCUACUGGUAAAAACGAUGGUGCUGUGAACGGCCAUAGGUACUUCACGUGUCGACCAAAAUGCGGAAUAUUCGUGAAAGUGGACAAAUUAAUUCAAGACAAACGAGGCAGAGCACUUAGAAACUACACGUUUACUCUUCCUCAAUCUGCACCGAUGCGCAGAAGCGUCAGCAGAGGUGAGGGUUUACAUUCCUUGCACCGAAGUCGAAGCCGAGGAGAAGGUCUCUCAACAACCGGCACACGAUCCUCUCCACGUGGCAAGUAAACGGAUCACACACCGCUUCAUCGUAACCUUCGUUCUACUACUAAGCCACUAAAGAAAACAAAAGAAGAAAAAAAAAAAAUAUCCUAAUUGCUACAUGCCUAUUGAUAUGUGUAGCAGCAGUGUUUCAGUCCCUUAGACGUUUAGGGCAGCUAUGGAUUAUUAAUACUUAUAAAUAAUUACUUGAAACGUUAGGUCAUUAAUGUGUAUCUCACACACACACACACACGAAGCAUUGGAAUCCAUCGAUAACGAUUUUAAAAAAAAAAAAAAAAUAUGGUAUGUGUUGAGAUGGAAAAAGCAUUUAGUAUCUAUUUCGCAUUUUUUCAGUAGCGUAGGAACGGAGUCGAUACACGGUUGGCCCUUAAUUAUAUAUCGACAGUCACCGACGACGACGAUGUUUAAUUAUAUAUAUA